CUCAAGUUUUUCUUUGUAUAAAAAACUCAUUUUCAUGUUUUUUCCUUAUUUUUAAUUAAAAAAAAAAAGAAACAAAGAAUUAUAUUUCCCAAACCCUUGAUGACUGGAGUAUCGUACAAACAUCAAAUAAAAAUUUUACGGCUAUAAGAACUUUUCUCACAAAUACAUAGCUUAUAAAGAAACUUUCCUACUAAGUUUAGUAUAAUCCAGUGGUGAAGCAUCAAAAACUCAAUCUGGCUGAGUCAGUUACGAGUCCUCAAAUCCCCCAUUGUCGUAUGUAACUUUUAAGUGGAAAAAACAUGUUGAAAUUAAUAAAUAAUAAUAACAAAAGUGGGAAAAGCAUACUCAUUUCUCCGAUACAAAGCAAAUGCAAAUAUUCACCAACUUCCUUGGGCAAAAGGUAAGAAUUGCUUGCCUCUCCCCACUUCAACAAGGAAUCUCUCCUUACACGCCCUUUAUAACUUCCUCUUCCACAGCAAAUUUCUUCUGCACACAAGCUACUAAUCGGAGAUGGACAAUACUAACAGGCAAGACCUCAUUGAAAGGUCCGAGGAUAGUGAUGAUUAUUACUAUCUCAAAGAUGAUGAUCCUGAUGAAUCCUAUUACCUAUAUUUAGUCAAUGCAAUCCUCAGUGGCACUGCUAGGCUUAAUGUUCUCUUGCCAACUGCUACAAUCCUUGCUUUCACCAUUUUUGCUCCUCUUCUAACCAAUGACGGCCAAUGCACUCGUUUGAACCGCUGGCUGAUGGGCAUGUUCUGGGCUCUUCUGGCAGCCUCCUGUGUCUUUUUUACAUUCACGGAUAGCUUCCGAACAUCAAGCAGUAGGUUGUUCUAUGGGGUGGCAACAUUCAGAGGGAUAUGGACUUUCAAUGGAGGAAGGAAGAAACCAAACGUACCUUCAGAUUAUAGGUUGAGAUGGGCUGAUCUCUUUCAUGCAUCACUUUCCUUGAUUGCAUUUCUGGCUUUUGCUGGUUUACAUACUGAUGUUGUGAGAUGCUACUAUCCAGCAAUGCCCAGGAAGGUGAUCAACAUUGUUCCUUUAAUUACUGGGUUUGUGAUUAGUGGUCUGUUUGUUUUGUUUCCCUCCAAGAGAAGAGGGAUCGGAUACCCUUUCUUGCUGCAGAGGAAUGCUUUCUACUCUAGAUAAGUUAUGUUUUUCCUGCCACAAAUCCAAGAAGACAAUGCAUAUACAAUUUUUUUUUUCAAAUAUUUCCUAUAGAACGUAAGAUGAAACUAAUCACGCAUAUUUUAUAUGAUAGAAAAUGAAUACAUAUCAUUGCAUGCCAUCGACAUGCAAUUUCAUUCUGA